UCCAGUCGCCCUGCGUGCGGUAGGCGGAACCCGACCGCUCUUAUAGCAUCCCACUUUUGAGAAGCUUACGAGGACAAUUAGGAGGGAAACACAUGACAUUCAGGCAGCGGGGGGAAAGGCGCGCGGACGUAGCGGGACGGAGGCAGGACACCGAGCCCGGCAGGUCUGUGUGGAGAUAUUUGGAGUUGGAGGAGGACACUGACACUUCUCUGAUCCCCAGAGGGAAAUAAAAACAUCACUGUUGGAGAUCUGGUCAAACACCAAGCACCAGACUCAGACAUUCACACGUUGCAACAGACAGAUUGUCGUCUCCUAAAGAGCAGAUAUGAGCGAAGAGAAACCAGCCGAGACUGCAGAACACGGCCCAGCUGAGGGGAAUGCUAUUCCGAACGGGAAAGGCCAUGAUUCUGGGGAAGAUAUCGCAGCUUCGUCCAAAACAGUCCCUGCAGAAGAUGGUGAGAAGGAAGUUGUAGGCAAUAGUGCCCAGAAUGCUAGCCCUCACAGAACUGAAAAUGCGGAGGCCAACCUUCCAGAGAACCAGGAGUUUUUGUCAGGAGUGGACGACAAGAAGACAACGCGGUUUACAGACUUUGAAGGAAAAACCUCCUUUGGGAUGUCCGUCUUCAACCUGGGUAACGCAAUCAUGGGAAGCGGAAUUCUGGGACUUGCAUAUGCAAUGGCCAACGCAGGGGUCGUCCUCUUCUUGUUACUCCUAACAGUGGUAGCCGUGCUUUCCUCAUAUUCCAUCCAUUUGCUGCUAAAGUGUUCUGGUAUUGUCGGAAUUCGUGCGUAUGAGCAGCUCGGUUACAGGGCCUUUGGGACUCCGGGGAAGAUGGCGGCAGGUAUUGCCAUCACGCUGCAGAACAUCGGAGCAAUGUCCAGUUACCUUUAUAUCGUCAAGUACGAGUUUCCUCUGGUCAUCCAGGCGUUUCUGAAGUUGGACAAUCCUGCAGGGGAAUGGUACAUGAACGGAAACUACCUUGUCAUCAUUGUGUCUAUUGCAGUGAUCUUACCGCUGGCUCUCAUGAAGCAGCUUGGAUACCUGGGAUACACCAGUGGCUUCUCCCUGAGCUGCAUGGUUUUCUUCCUCAUUGCGGUCAUCUACAAGAAAUUCAACGUUCCCUGCCCAUUUGUGGACUUCGCGUUCAACAGCACUGCCAGCGUUAUGAAUGUCAGUGCCAAGGACCCUGAAGCGGAGGCCGAUCCUGCCUGCAUUCCCAAAAUGGCCAACCUCAACUCACAAACGGCCUACACCAUCCCUAUCCUGGCGUUCGCCUUUGUGUGCCACCCUGAGGUCCUCCCUAUCUACACAGAGCUGCGCAACGCCACCAAGAAAAAGAUGCAGCAUGUGGCCAACAUCUCCAUUGCAGUUAUGUACAUCAUGUACUUCCUCGCUGCGCUUUUUGGAUACCUAACUUUCUAUGGUAAAGUGGAAGCAGAGCUGCUCCACACCUACAGCAGCAUCGACCCGUACGACACGCUGAUCUUGUGUGUGCGUGUCGCGGUGCUCACUGCCGUCACUCUCACUGUACCGAUUGUGCUCUUUCCUGUACGGAGGGCUAUCCAGCAGAUGAUGUUUCCCAAUAAGACCUUCUACUGGCCUCGCCACAUCGCUAUUGCCUUUGUUCUGCUCACUUUCAUCAACCUGCUGGUCAUCUUUGCCCCCAACAUCCUGGGUAUCUUUGGGGUCAUUGGUGCCACGUCUGCCCCCUGCCUCAUCUUCAUCUUCCCUGCAAUAUUCUACAUACGUAUUGUACCCAAAGAAGAGGAGCCGCUGCGCUCUCCCCAAAAAAUCCUGGCUGCCUGUUUCGCCGGGCUUGGCUUCCUGUUUAUGAUAAUGAGUCUGAGUUUUAUCAUCAUUGAUUGGACAUCAGGCACCAGUAAAGCUGCCAGUGGGCACUAAACACCACCUUCUGUUUUUAUCAGGUUUUAUAUUGUUGAUUUGGAUCUGUGUUGUCAUGCUACCAGUUUUACUUUGAGUCUACCCUCUUGUAUCAGUUAGAAAACAUUCGCCUCGGACAGCUUGGGUUCAACGUGGAUCUCCACUCUGCAAAUGCUCCUGAGCUCCUGUUGCCCUGAACAUCCUGCCAAACAGUGAUUGUAGAUCCACACCAGUGUAUUUUCUUUAAAAUAAUGGAAAGGCCAGGUGCAUGAAGAUAAAUUGGAAUUCUCAGAGGCUGUGCCUUGUGGGAAGGAUGUGGGAAGAAAGCAAAAAAAAAAAAAAAAAAAUUAGAAAGCUGCUGUCUUUACACUCCUGUACCUAUGUUAGCUAUGAGCUUCUGCCUUCUUUCA